AUGGUGGCUCAAACAGAUAUUCCACCAGAUCUUACCAACAAAGACAAAGCUUUCAUAUUUCAAGUUCUUGAUACUAACCUGAACACUCAAAUUCUCCUGGCAUUAUUGCAUGGCAUAUACACUGGAAUUUUUGCUGUUACAUUGUGGAAUAUAUUCAUCAAUAAACGCUCAGGGCUGAUCCGACGAGCCUUGGUUGUCAUUAUUCUCCUCCAUGCUCUGAUUACUAUCUCUUUUGCUGCCAAAUGGUCUUUUAUAUGCUCAGCAUUCAUCAAAAAUGGGCAAAGCUUUUUGACUGUGUCUUCAGAGCUUAACAGUGUGAAUCAAGCAGAUUAUUUGGAGAUGGGCAUUGCAGCCCCUAUGAGUACCAUUCUUGCAGACUCAUAUAUUAUUUGGUGCUGUUGGAUGGUCUGGGGACAGCACUGGCUUAUUGUUCUGCUUCCAAUCCUUUCCCUAAUUUCUGCAACUGUUUCAAAAAUCAUUGAUGUAUAUCAUCAGUACUUCAGUGAAAAUUACUCAGUACUAUUCCUGACACUCUAUGCAUCCUUCAUUCUGGUAACGACAUUGUGGUGCACACUGCUUAUCAUUUUCCGCAUUUUAGCUGUUACUGGGGUUAGACGCAGUGCAGGCAGCCGGUUAAGAGUUUAUUACAGUUUUAUUGAAGUGCUAGUGGAAUCUUCUGCUCUCUAUUCGAUAGCUCUGAUUCUAUACUUGGCUUUUUUCCUUUGUGAUGAUUUUGAAUAUCUCUAUUUUGAUGCAAUAGCUGGCAUUGCAAAGGGAGUUGCACCCACACUCAUUGUUGGCAGAGCAGCAGCAGGACACACACAGCCAACUGAAGAACAUGAUGAAAGUUCAUCAGUGUCUACCAUUCAUUUCCAGACAUCUUCACAAUCUUCUCAACCUUCAGAACCUUCCAUGGCAAGCUUUCAAGAAUCCAAUAUGCAGACUGCAGUCCUUGAAGUGGACAUUGAAGCUCAACAGGAGCAGUCAGAUGAACAUGUAGUAGUUGUUGAAAGGACAGAAUAG